AUGCUGUUCACAGAAGAAGAUAUCUUCAUGUCAGAGUUUGAGGAUGCUUGCAGCGCCUGGGUGGACAGUGUCAGCUCAAGCAGCGACGGUACAGACUCUGAUAUCGGAUCUCCCGCACAACAAGGUGGGUUUCUCUCUAGAUUCUAACCCCAUGACUACAAGGAUCAAUAAAUAAAUAUGUAUGUAAUAUGUAUAUAAAUGCAUUAUGGAUAACAUUUUAAUACAUAAAUCAUAAAGACUGCAUAUGUAUUCUCAAUUGUUUUGUAGGCAAAAAUACAUAGGCUAUAAUAAAAUGUGUAAAAUAAUAUGUUACUUAUGUAAUCCAAUGCAGCUAGAUGUUCCUCGUCGCCCACUGCUUGCUGCCUGUGCUAAUGUAGCCUACCAGUUUAUGUAAUGAUAAUAACCAUAGUUGUGUUGUCUCUCUCCAGGUUGUGUGCUAUCCCCGGGGACCGACGGGUCCGACUCGGAUUUCUUCUCCGACCUGAAUGACUGUUCCUCAGACAGCCUGUCCCCUCUAGCCUACACCGGGAGCUUCUACAUGGAGCCGUUACCGGGGACGGUACCACCCUGCAGCACAGAAGCCCUGCUCAACAUGAUCACGGAGAUAGUUGGGAUCUGCACGGUGGAGGACCAGGCAACCAGCGGGAUUCCCUCUGCCUCCCUCCCCGCCUCUGCCUUACCCUGCUCGGCCACGAGCGUUGCCUCUCCCCUGCUUUCCCUACCCUCCAGUGGCUACUGCAGCCAGGCUCUGACCGAGAUUCCUUCUCCUUCUGCCGGGGUGGACAUCAUUCAGACUCCCCCCGCUGCCCCUGUGGUGGUCAAGAACGAGUUCAACAGCAACUGCCACGGCUGCUGCGACAACGACCACUUCUCCCACCCCGGUCAGGAUGCCUUCCCCCCGGGCAGCUUGGAGCAGCUGUUCCCGCUGUCUGGUCUGUCUCUGGAUCACCAGGUGGACGUAAAGGAACUGCUGGACUCUCUGCUGCUGACUGACAUUAAGACAGAGCGUGACAUCAAACAGGAGCCGUGCCAAAUGGGAGACUGGGCUCAGAAUUACCCUGUACCUGUUAACGGGAGCUACGUCAACAACAGCUUCCUGGUCAAACCGGAGCCUCUGCAGUUACAGACUGUGGCCUCAGGGCAACAGCAGCUGGGCGCUUGCAGUGACCUGGCCGCCUUCACCUCCUCUCUGUCCUCCUCCUCCCUGGAUGCCUUCCUCUCCUCCCUGCUGCCCGGCGUGUUCCCGAGGAGUAGGGGCGUGCACGCCACCACAGGAGGGAGUAAAGCAAUGGCCCGCUCUAGUACCGGGGCCGUGAAGGUGAAACCGUUCCCGUGUCCAAUAACUGGCUGUGAGAGGCGUUUCUCGCGCUCAGACGAGCUCAACCGCCACGUGCGCAUUCACACGGGCCACAAGCCGUUCCAGUGCGCAAUCUGCCUGCGCAGCUUCAGCAGGAGCGACCACCUGACCACGCACACGCGCACGCACACUGGGGAGAAACCUUUCUCGUGCGAGGUGUGCGGGAAGCGGUUCGCGCGCAGCGACGAGAGGAAGAGGCACGGGCGCGUGCACGUGAAGCAGCAGCUGAAAGCUCAGAUGAUGGCGGCCUAUAACCUGGCCUUCCCCGGCGGAGUCUGA